CCCCUGGUCUCAGAACUAAGAAUGAAACGGCGAGUAUCCGACAGAGGAGGUGGAGAAACCUCAGCCAAGGCGCUCUGCCCAGGAAUUUCCAGCAACAGCAGCACCAAGCGGGCCGGGCCUUUCAUCCUCGGGCCCCGCUUGGGGAACUCUCCGGUGCCGAGCAUUGUCCAGUGUUUGGCCAGAAAGGAUGGGACCGAUGACUUCUACCAGCUUAAGAUCCUCACUUUGGAGGACAGGCACGACAAAGGCACAGAAACCCAGGAGGAGCGUCAAGGCAAAAUGCUGCUUCACACGGAGUACUCCCUCCUCUCCCUGCUGCAGAACCAGGAUGGGGUGGUCCAUCACCAUGGCCUUUUCCAGGACCGAGCCUGUGAGCUUGUGGAAGACCUGGAGUCCAACCGCAUGGUCCGAAAGAUGAAGAAGCGCAUCUGCCUGGUGCUGGACUGUCUCUGCGCCCAUGACUUCAGCGACAAGACCGCCGACCUCAUCAACCUCCAGCACUACGUCAUCAAGGAGAAGCGCCUCAGCGAGCGGGAAACCGUGGUGAUCUUCUAUGACGUGGUGCGGAUAGUGGAAGCCUUGCACAAGAAGAACAUCGUGCACCGAGACCUGAAGCUGGGAAACAUGGUGCUGAACAAAAGGACCCACCGGAUCACCAUCACCAACUUCUGCCUGGGGAAGCACCUGGUGAGCGAAGACGACCUUCUGAAGGACCAGCGCGGCAGCCCCGCCUACAUCAGCCCCGACGUCCUCAGUGGUCGGCCGUACCGCGGGAAGCCCAGCGACAUGUGGGCCCUGGGGGUGGUGCUCUUCACCAAGCUGUACGGGCAGUUCCCCUUCUACGACAGCAUCCCGCAGGAGCUCUUCCGCAAGAUCAAGGCUGCCGAAUACACCAUCCCGGAAGAUGGCCGGGUGUCGGAAAACACGGUGUGCUUGAUCCGGAAGCUGUUGGUCUUGGACCCCCAGCAGCGCCUGACCGCCUCCGAAGUCCUCGACUCCCUCAGCUCCAUCAUUGCCUCGUGGCAGUCUCUGUCUUCACUGAGUGGGCCUUUGCAGGUCGUGCCAGAUAUAGAUGACCAAGUGGCCAAUCCAGAAAGUGCCCACGAGGCAAAGGUGACUGAGGAGUGUUCUCAGUAUGAAUUUGAGAACUACAUGAGGCAGCAGCUGUUGCUGGCAGAGGAAAAAAACACUCUCCACGAGGCCAAGGGCUUCCUCCAGAAGCGCCAGUUUGGGAACAUUCCCCCCGUGCGGCGCCUCGGCCACGACGCUCAGCCCAUGAACCCCCUCGACGCAGCGAUUCUUGCACAGCGCUACCUUCGGAAGUAGCUCCCCGAGCCUCCAAGAGACGCCCGCCGCCCGCCCGGCACGGGGCCGCCACCGCCCCCCAAUCAUGUAGCAAGUCUUUCCGGAUCUUCUGAGCCCCGAGGGGCCGCACCGGUUGCGCUCGGCCCCAGG